AUGGCUAAACCCACGAACCCCAAGGUUGAAACUAAGGUAUUAACGUCCAAAGUCGGCCAGAGCGGUAGCCCAAGCAAAACGCCAGAUAUUCUGUGGAAGGAGGCCGUCCAGAGGUUCCUCGACGAGAAUCAUAUCAGGAUUGAAACAUUGGAACUAAAUGGCGAUUUCGGAGAUGCGGAUGACGGGGUCGAAAAGGCCUCAAAAAUGUUCCAGAGAGCACGACAUCCGAAGAAUAAAACUGACAAGGUCAUCAAAGCUGUGGGCGGAUGCUUGGACUUUAUAGAUGGGACUGUUGACUUUCUCAAGGAUUCCGUGCCCGACGGCUAUGGCACACCUGCAAAGAUCAUUGCUGGUACGAUUUCCUACAUGAUUCAGGCGGCCAAAAAUAUGACAGAGGACUUUGACCUCAUCGAAGAAACCUUCGACAGUAUUCACCAAGCCAUCAAGGAUAUCGGCCUGCUGAAAGACCGCCACACUCAGCAAGAUCAUUUCACGAGUCGCCUCAUGGAUAUCUUCCUCAAAUUGUUUGAAUUUUGCCAAUAUAGCACCAAAAUGUUCAAGGAAUAUAGCCGCAAAAGGCUGUACAUCACCGCGCUCAUGAAGGGAAGAAACAAGAAUAUCCAGAACAAGUGUGAUGAAGUCAAUAAAGCCAUAUUGCUCUUUCGAGCCACGGUGCCACUCAAAAUCCUCGAGGUCACUAUUGACAUGAAUAAAAAGAUUGACGACCUACCCAGCAGCUUAGUCAUUGCGCUGCAGCGAAUGAACCUCAAGGCGUCGGAGAUGCAGCAAAUUUUGGGUCCAAAGAAAUCCAUCACGGUGGAAAGGAUCAUGAAGACCUUCAAGGACAGCGGCCUCGAUGUCGACGCCAAGCGUUUCAUGGAAAAGCAAAUGAAUUUGAUCAACACCCACAUCGCCCCAGACACUUUCUUAUGGUUGAGGGACGAACCGUCCUAUAAAUCGUGGCUCAGCGGUCAGGCCUCGCCCUUCAUCUACAUCUCAGGUUCCUCGGGUGCUGGGAAGACCUAUCUGACUUGCAGGUACUACAGUCUGAUCCAAGCGAACACCAAGGCUAACCAGAUAACCGCCGAGCUAGAGGGGAGCCGGCAGAGCACAUCAGUGGCAUGUUUCCUCUUUGAGUCAGGCAAAGAGGAUUCACAGUCCUUCCAGGCCGUCCUCGCUACGCUAAUCCUGCAAAUUGCUGAGCAGGACCCUAAGCUCUGUGAGUCCAUGGGUCGAGAGUUGGAGAAGAUGCCAAAAGGCGGUGACGAUGAUCUGAGCAUCGAAUAUCUUUGGAAAACUUUGAUCCUGAAGAAAUUUGAGAAAGCUUCAGAAACAUCAAGGACUUGCUAUCUCCUCCUUGACGGCGUCGAGCAGAUGAAACCGAAUCACUGUCAGAACAUGUUGAAGCGUUUCCAGGCCCUAGAUGGCGACAAGCACUGCAUUCGCAUCAUGAUGACGGGACCUCCCAUCAUGCACGAGAAAUUGGGUCUGAAAUCAUUGCUCAAGAUCAAUUUGGACGAGAAAACCAAGUCAGCAGGAGACAUCUCAAAGAUCAUCGACCAUCGCAUCAAAAAUUCCAAGAACCUCAAAAAUUGCUCGGCCGCCGCCCAGGAAAAGAUAAAAGCAAAACUCUACUCCUGGAAAGAAAGUGCUAUGUCCUCCGUUGACCUUAUGCUCAGUGUCAUGGAAGAUAGCGGGGGCGACGAGGCCGCCGCAAUGACCAAAUUAGAAGGCGCAGACAGCCCCGAAUGGCUUUACAGGACAAUGAUCGAGAUCGUCAAGGCCGAAACCAAGAGGAGUGGCGACGACCAGAAGAGCCUCGAAAAGUUGUUUGCGUGGUGCACCUACGCAAAGCAGCCUUUGCGUGUCGAUCAACUAGAACAUCUCUGGGCUCUUGACACUUCGUCAGACAAAUUCGAUGUCAGAAGUGAGAUCGAGGGAAAGUCGUCCAGUUUGCUCUAUACGAAGAAGACAGCGGACAAUCGGCCGACAUUAUAUGGCGACACAGAUACCAUGCCCAUGGUUAAUAUAGAGCAUGAGUACGUCUUCUUCCGACAGGCCGCAUUCAAAGAGUAUCUGGAAACGAACAAGAACAAGAUGAUCGAAGAUCCAAUUCAAGAAAGAGUGAAUAUUUUUGUCACUCUUUGUGAGAUCCUCUGUGGUCAGAAUGCCGUUGGAGAUUCUCCUAGACAAUCAUUUCGCGAGUACGCAACGGUCAGUCUGAUGGAGCAUUUCAGGGAUAUAGACAUCCGACAGACCUCACCAAAGCAGAGCGCGGACGUUGUUGAAGCUUUGUCGCGGGUAUUGUCCAAUGACAACAACGUCUGUGCCGUUUUCGAGGCAGUCCUGGAUCGCCAGGGGAGAGAUUACGUAGAAUUUGACCUCUACGAUACUUUUCGUCCUGACACAAUGUUCCGGAGGUGGGAAAGGGCCGGUACCUUACUUGUCUGGGCAAAGAAACUGCACUUUUACGAGGAGGAGGAGCUGUCAUUUCGCGCGAGAGAGUGGGUUGAGGCAAGCAUCAAGGCGCCACAGAAGAUGUUGGAGACUCUCGGCCGGGGUCAUCUCGAGAACUGGGCGCAAGCGGUGACGGAGCAAGAUGCAGUUGUCCCUUAUACGCUUGCCUAUCGCGCCCUGUCAACGACAGGGAUAUUUGCGGAUGUUGUGGCCGACACAAUGUCCAAAAUGACCACCGCGAUGCUGGAAUAUGGGCGAGAGCACUGUUUCAAAGACUCAGUGAAGCUUUCCCGGGCCCGGAUCUCAGCAGCCUUGCUGUUGAAUACCGAUUCGAAUACUCCCGUUGAUCGGGACAUAGCUGCCAAACUCUAUGAGACAAAUAUAAAACUGAAGGAUACACCUGGCCCGGAGAAGUUCUAUUCUUCACUAGGUCUAGCCGAGUACCACGCCAACACAGGGAACGAUGAUGAUCCUCCCGAUCUCGUUCGGAAGAAGUGGGAAAUGGUGCAAAAGCACACAGGCUAUACGCUCCAGCAAUGGACCGACGAGAAGGGAGCACUCGGCUCUGAAUUGAACAAUGAGCGCUGUACUGAGGCGUACUUGCUUGAGGCCCAAGCAUGGAGCAAAUUAGACAAGGACGACAAGGCCCUUGAGACCUGCAAACACGCUUUGCAACCAGGCGCACUGCAAUUCAGCUCCAAAAUCCUUGAAUUUUUAACAAUGAUUGUCGAGAUAUAUUUCAAGCGGAAACAAUUUGCCAGGGUCAUUGAUGAAGUUCAGCAACAGUCGCAUCAAAUCAAAUGCGAAUGGAUGCUGUCUCGGUCAGAGUACUUGACCGACAAGGACGAUCGUCUGCGACAAGCCGCGGUGUUGUCCCGACGAGUGGACGUCCUCAUUCAAUUAUGGGAAGAAGCAAUCGAUUACUGGCAGCAACUUUCGCCAUUCGCGGCCGGAAGACUUAGGGUUGGACUAGCAAUAGUGUACAGACACGACGCUCGCACAACGAAGAUGGCAGAAGCAGUUCUUGACAGCAUGAUUGUAGCCAUCAUGGCAGAUCCUAACAUGUUGAAAGGGGGUCUUAUUCAGUCCAUCUUCCCGACGACGGUGGACAUCAUCUACGAAAACUUCAGCCUCACUUCUUCCGAUGAAACCAAGAAAAGGGUCUUGACGAAGCUGGAGAAUCUGAUCAAUGAGUUCGCGCCCACCGUGCCGAGAGGCACCCUCGAGCAGAUGCAUCUGGCUAGGGCGAUGAUCACCCUGGCGAAGAUGCAGAGAAAAUCGGGAGCGCCGGAAGCGGCCAAAGAGGCAGCGGUCUGGGCCGAGCGCGCCUUCCAAUAUUGUAUCGCCGAUCUUGAGGACUCGGUCGGAUCCAAUGAUUGCAACGCGUUUCGUUCGCUUGCCAAAGUUUUGAUGUUUGCGGGACUCAAAACGGAAGCUGUGAUUGCCCUGUCGCUGUGGUUUUCAGAGGUGAGAGAGUAUGACGACUCACAACCACGUCCUCUCCGUUCCGUCGACGAGCCUGCAGCAGAAAAUAUCAUUUUAAUGGAAGAGGAAGAUGUCGCUGCAGAAGAAGCCCAACACGAUGGUUUAGCUGGAAUAAACCCGUCGCAGCAGACGCAGGCGGAAGAUGAAAGAAAUCGCGAAGAUGAUCCGACAAGAAAAUCGUCCGCGGUCGACCAUGAGGCUCCGCCUCAAGAAAAUCCAUCAAACGGACAUUUUGGCGUUGGCGGUCCUGUCAUCUUGGACGAUCCUGCAAGUGGCGGAUGCCACCCUCCUGAGCAAUUGGAGAUACAGACUCGAGAGGCAGAAGGAAGCUUACUAAAAGCCAGCGACUAUCCUAUCCACAACGGCGAUACUCCAGUAGAGAAUGGCAUAUUGCCGGAAGUGCCUGGCGAUGCAGGAUCUCAGCCUCAUAUUCCUAACGGAGUGGGGUCCGAAGGACUAGACGAACAUGGACCUCCUGAUUUGCAUGGAGUUCCUAAGCCUGAGGAGGAGGAGGAGGAGGAGGACAAAGAGGACCUUAUCGAGGGCGAAAUUUCGUGCAAUGGCCCCUGCGAGCAUCCCCCUCUGACCAGGUGGCUCCCGGGUGUCAAAUUCUACUACUGCCUCGACUGCGAAGAAGUCGACCUCUGCGCCGACUGCCACGCCGCCCAGGAGAAGUAUUUCACGGAGCAUGGCGACGGGUUCUGGAUGAAGUGCUGCUGGGCGCGACACGAGUUCCUGGAGGUCCCGAUCGAGGGCUGGAAGGGCGUCAAGGACGGAGAGAUAUGGAUCAAUGACAAGAAGAAGUCGUGGGUCGAUUGGUUGGCAUCGGUCAAGGAGAAGUGGAACAGGCAGAUGGUGGCCGCCGCGAAGUAG